AUUUCCACGACAUUGGGUUGAUUUGGGCCUGCAAAAUGACCAUAGAUAUCAGCAUGAUCCGAAAUUUUCGUGCUACUAUAAUUGGCACAGGCCCAUUUAGAGUAUGUAAUUCAAAUCAAAAUUAUAAGAGGUGCCUUCCUGAUAAAAACUUCUGUGAGACAAUAAAGCAAACAGCUUAUAAGCUUGAAAACAAGCAAAAGUACUCGAGAUUUUUGUUGAAUAUGCAAAGCCUGCGAAAUUCUAUUUUGAACCAUGUGAGGGUUAGGGUCUUCACAACCAAGCGACUAAUAGCAGGCGAAUUGAGUGCACUGUACGGAGAUGGCCAACAGUUGAGAACAUGCAGCACAAUCUUGAGUAACAGCAAUGAUCAGGUAAUGGAUCGAGUGAUUAAGCUGGUGAAGAAAUUUGACAAGAUAGAUGCUGCUAAGGUUACUGAAAAAGCUGAUUUCCAGAAGGAUUUGAGCCUCGACAGCCUUGAUAGAGUUGAACUUGUUAUGGCUUUUGAGGAAGAAUUCUCUGUUGAGAUACCUGACGCCGAAGCAGACAAGCUUAAAUGCUGUGCCGAUGUUGCUAAAUAUGUCAUUUCUACUGCUGAUCAGAAAAUUUGAGAGAUUUUUAAUUGUAUUAUACAUUAACUAUCUUGUGUUUCAGUAUGUUCAUGUAUUCAAGAGUCCCUUCAAAUUUUGUUCUCUUAGAUUUUCGUAGAAACUACUCUUGAAUGCAAGAUUUCUUGAAUUUUAUCUCAGUUUAAAACAACUUUGUUCA